UCGGCAGAAUUCGGCAGGGUUCGGAUAUCUCCGGGGAUUCAAGAACGGAGCGCGCCGCCCGUCACCCGUCCCUUUCAGUGGGACUUUUCUCAUGCUGGACCGCCCCGCCCACCCAAUUGGCACGCCAUCCAACUGUGCCACCCGGAAGCCGUGGUUUCCCCUCCUCCGCACGCAGGCGACAUCAUGGCGACGCCCCCCAAACGGCGGGCCUUGGAAACGGUCGGAGAGAAAGUGCUGCGGUGCGAGGCCUUCAUCAGUGAUGUACUGCAGCGAGACUUGCAAAAGGUGCUGGAUCAUCGAGACAAGGUAUAUGAGCAGCUGUCUGUAUACCUUCAACUGAGAAAUGUCAUUGAGCGACUCCAGGAAACUAACCAUUCGGAGUUAUAUAUGCAGGUGGAUUUGGGCUGUAACUUCUUCGUUGACACAGUGGUCCCAGAUACAUCACGCAUCUAUGUGGCCCUGGGAUACGGUUUUUUCCUGGAGUUGACACUGGCUGAAGCUCUCAAGUUCAUUGACCGAAAGAGUUCUCUCCUCACAGAGCUCAGCGACAGCCUCACCAAGGACUCCAUGAAUAUCAAGGCCCAUAUCCACAUGAUGCUAGAGGGACUUAGAGAACUACAAGGCCUGCAGAACUUCCCAGAGCCAUCUCCCCAUUGACUGCUUCUUCCCAUCUAAUAUUAAAGAGCCGAAUGCCUUGGAA